AUGAACCGAGUUGAGAAGUUCUGGUUCUGGUUUCUCAUUCCCUUGAUGGUUUUUUUAAUUUCAUUCCACACUACAGAGGCAAUUUCUGUGAUGGCCUCUGUCAGUUUAUUCUAUUUCAACAGCACCAGCAACAGGACUGUGUUUGAGCGCUGUGAAUGUGGCCUGUAUGGCUUUAAUUCUCCUUGCCUUAGUGCUCAGGGAGUGGUGGGCGUUCCAGUAUCUGCUGAUCCUUAUGCCUGCGACAAAAAUACUGACUUCACUGUCAUGAAAGCACCGUGGAUAGCCCUGAUUGAAAGAGGCAAUUGCAGUUUUGCUGAAAAAAUUCAGGUGGCGACCAGAAGGGGUGCAACAGCAGCCGUGAUCUACAAUUCACAAGGCAAAGGCAACAACACUCUCCUGAUGGUGCAUCAAGGUGCUGAAAAGAUUGUUGCAAUUAUGAUUGGCAAUGUGAAAGGCAUGGAAAUCCUGCACCGGAUUCAGAGCGGCAUGAAAGUCACUAUGGUCAUUGAAGUGGGCAAAAAGCGCAGUCUUUCCAUGAAUAUCUUCACCAUCCUCUUCAUCUCUGUGUCAUUUUUCGUUGUGGCAGCAGCAACUGUGGGCUGCUAUGUCUCUUACUCUGCUCGGAGACUCAUUAUUGCAAGGGCCCAGUCCAGGGAGCAGCGGCAGCUGAGGGCCAGGGCUAAGAAGGCCAUUGAACAGAUGCAGCUCCGCACCCUGAAGGAAGGGGAUAAGGAAAUUGGUCCAGAUGGAGAUUCCUGUGUUGUGUGCUUUGAGCAGUACAAGCCAAAUGAUGUAAUGCGUGUUCUGACUUGCAACCAUGUCUUCCACAAGACCUGUAUUGACCCCUGGCUUCUGGAACAUGGGACAUGUCCUCUGUGCAAAUGUGACAUCCUCAAAGUGUUGGGUGUUGAGAUGGAUGUAGAACCACAGUCUGAGUCUGUGCAAGCCCCAGGAUCCAGUGGCCAAAGACCUCUAUCCACUGUCACUAUAGUUAAUGAAGAGGACAGUCUUAGUGAAACAGCAUCAUCUGGAUAUGAUUCUGUGCAGGGACCAGAUGAAUCUGCUCAGGAGGCACACGUACCAUCAGAAAAUGACAACACGCAUUCUGUAAGUGAAGAAUCCCAGCCCUCCACUGUGACUGUCCUUUCACAAGGUGACAACCCAGGUUUUGAGGGAGAUGAAACACAAGUUUGUGAAGGCAAGAUUGUUUGUGAAGUCAUGUUCUAAGAGCAUAGCCGGCCACAUGGUGCAAGCCUUCUGCAAGGAGCUGCCUACUGCCAUUCCACAUAAACCAAAAGUUGCAAGACUGUUGCAGAAAAUACUGCAUUGGCAAUGUUUAGAUGAAUAGACUUGUCCGAAUCAUAAUUGUAUGGUUUGCCUUUCUUAAAACUGUAUUUCCCACAGGAGUCUUAACAUUCUCCAGAUAAAGCUGUCUUAAAGACAAAGAAAACCAGCAGAUUUUAACUAAACAAAAAUUCCAUCUUCAGCAAAGCUUCUCUACUGUGUUUGAGUUGUUUAAGUGAGAUUUUUUUAUGUCAUAGUUGUCUCCACUGGGAAUAAUUUUGAGUUGGAAUUUUUGAUUGUUUUUUAUUUUCAUUCAAAUGGAUUUUCAUUGUAAACAAAUUUAUUUUGAUCUGUUCUAAUAGUUAUGAGACAGUUUUGCUUAAAGCAACAUGAUAUUUAAUGUUUCAGUGCUCUAAUUUGAUAGGAGAAAGUGCAAGCUAAUGCUUGUCAAACUGGAUUUUUGUCCACAGUGUCUUUGGCUCUCUAGUGAUUCUCUACCUCUCAACUCGUCCUGCCAACCACACAUUCCUAAAGGGGAAGAAGACCUGCAAGCUGACAGGCCAAAUCUGACUUACUGUAAAAGGAACAACUGCAGGAACUUUUCAAACCUUGUUAACAUUAGUCUGUUAGACUGAAAGAUCCUCCAGUGAUUUGAGGAGCUAUAAUCAUCUCCAGCAUCAGCAAUAUGCCAGAGUCCUGGCUUUGUGGGAGUCUGGAACUGACUUCAGGAAAGACUCAGCCGAAGAUGUAAAGAUAAAUUCUUACAAAAGGAUCUGCUGUGUUUUGUUCAGAAACGAUACAGCCUCUGAAAAAUGCUGGACUGUUGAUGUACAUUGUCUUGCUCAAGUGCACAAGCUGCAGGGAGAGUUGAUGUCCUGUGACUGUAACAGAGGGUUGGAGAAGCUGUCUGUCCUCUGUGUGGAGUUGAGACAGGGUCAAGUAGGAACACUGGGUGCCUCAAUAGUAAGUGACUUGGCCUUGCCCAGUGAAGUUAGCUAAGGACAUCUUAUAAAUGCACUUUAUUUUUUACCUCUGCAUCUUUGACUAAUUUCUAUUGUUCAGUAGGGUUUUGUCUUAGAGGCUCCAAUAAAUAACUUAAGAAUCUGGGGGGAAAAGCAAUGCAUUUUUUAGCUAUAGUACAGAUGAAAUUAUUGUAAAUAUUUCAUCAUUUAUAUUGAAUUUGAAUAUGAAAAUGAAAAUGUAAAUAAAACUCUAUUUUUGAUGAUCAUGACAGACACAAAAAAUUACCAGGUCUCAUGGAAGCAGAUGCUGAAUUUGCCCUGUCCCACAGCCUUGAAACACAUCCUUCUUUUGGGAGGCCAAAAAGAAGCAGUGUUUGCUCAUAGUAAUUGGAAUAAGGAGUGCUAGUUCUGUGCAGGAUGCUAUUGUUACAUGGAUUGAAAUUGUGUUGAGAUGCAGAAACCUAGUAGCUGUACUUGAUGUUAAAAUCCAAGCACCUUAGGAUGUGUUCAGUGAGCUGCUGAAUUGUGCUUGUAGGCAUGUUCAGCUCAAGGCAGUCCGGCAUGAGCACUUCAGACCAGACUGGCUGCACCUCACUUUUCCUUUGUCAGGUUGUUCAGCAUAAUCCCUUCCUUACUCCGAAGUCUAUGCUUUCUUUGAGGAAAAAACAUUUUAAAAACUAUAACUUGUCCUUUGUUCUGUACUCUACUAUGAUAUACAGUAAAAGCUUGUUGCUCUCCUGGCUGAUUUGGGAGCAGUUAAGUCUUGUUUUUCUGUUUAAUGCAGUUCCAAGUCUUGUCUAGAAAAUAUCAGUUGGUUCUGAGCUCCAGUUGCAAAGCUAGCUAUAAACAGACUCCACUCUGAAGCUGUCAUUUGCUGUGAUUGCCUUUUUAUUUUACCUCUGAGGUGCAGAGCAGUGAAAGGAACAGCCAAGCAGUAAAUAGGCAGGUCCUCAUCAUUUCAUUUCACAAAGCUGGUAUAAAUUUAUUGUGGUGUGUAAGCUGCAGGAAUCUUAUGAGGAUACAGUCUCAUGAAAUCAUCUGCCAUUUUUGUGUUCAAUAGGAGCAAAAUUUGAUGUUCAAGAAAAAAAAAGGGAAGGGAUUCAGAUCAAUUCAAUACAUUGAAAGGCACUUUUUGGGUUACUUUGUUCAUAGAAUUCCAGCUUUACAUUUGCUGGGUUUCUUAUAUCAAAUAUAUCAAAUGUGACCCACCGCUAAAGGAACAUAUACAGGGUAAGUACCUGAGCAGUAUUUGAGCUACUGCUAGGCAGAACUUAAUGGUUCUCCAGUUUUGCAGCUUAACUUGCAAGUCUGCCAUGUUCUUAUCUGUGCAGAUUAGUUUGUAACUAGUAUCUAUGCAAGGGCUUUGGUUUAAAAAUGGAAGUGUAAAUUUUGUGAACACCAUCUUGAUACUAAACUUGUGUCUGUUACUGUUAGACUGCCGUAAAGAAAUUUUAAGGAUCCACUCUCACUUUUUUUUAUUUUCAAGUUUCCGUGUAUAGCAGCUGUCUUUACCAACCCUACUUAGGGGACUGCGCAGCAAAAUGUUCACUUGUUUUUGUUGAUGCCAUGGACUAGAGUGUCUUCGAGUCUUGUGUAUAUAUGUUUAUGUGUGUGUGUGUGUCCAUGCGCUGUGGCAUGACAGACUCCUGUAAGCAAGAAGCCAACAGGAAUGUGCCUGGGGCUAGGGUUGUUCAGAAAAGCAAUAAAAACGUGCUGUUAUUGUGCAAUAGUUUUGGGGUUUUCUAUAGAUACACUAAUGCUCAUGUGUAAGAUAAUGGAAAUAAUGAGCCCACAAGUGGUACAAUUGCUAAAAGGUCUGCCUGUUGACUCUGUUAACAUAUUAAUGUUCCCGCUGAGUCACACAGAUUUGUCAAUUCUUCUGUCCCCAAAGAGCAAACUGAACAGUCUCUGGCAAUCACAUUCAAGUGUUUACUCACUUCCUCAGGCAAAGGGAGGGAGUUAUCCCUCUCCCUGAGGAAUGCUCUGAUCUAGACACUUCAGUCAAACACUUGUAGGCUCUCAAAGGGGGACUGUGAAAGUGUUUUUUAUCUCUCAAGGAGAGGAAGCCUUGUUGCCUGGUGCUGGAUUACUGUGCUGUCUUGUAAAUCAAGCUUUACAACAGCAGGGCUUAAUUUUAAAUUUCAAAUCAAAAUAUUGCCAUUUUCUCAUCUUGAGGAAAAUUUUCAGGUGUCCCUAUAGAAAUAUAUUUAAUAUGAGAAUUUUGUUUAAAGGGAAAAGCAGGACGUGUGAUGAGGGCUGCAAACAUAUAAAAGCAGUUUGAGUCAUAAGGGCAGUGACUCUUGCCAUGGAGAGAUCUAGUCCAUCUUAAGUGACCUAACAGGCAUAAUC